AUGAAUCAAAGUGAAGUUAAUGAAGAACACUCACCUCAUAACUCGGAACAUGCUUCAUAAAAUAUCUCGUAAUUUUUAUAAAGGGACUAUUACGAGAAGUUCAAGCUUGGUUAGAAUCUUUAUGAAUAAUCAAUUACUUUGUCAAGAUUAUCAUUAGGAGAGAAGACAAGCGAAGAUUAUAAUAAUAAUACAUAUGUAGGGCUGAUACAAAUUUAAGAACGGUUAUCGGAUGAGAUUUGCAAAAACCAACUAUUAGAGAGUAAAGUAACAUAACUCACUAAGGAUCUCUAGUCAGCAAUGGAGCACACAGCUUUACUCCAAAAAUAAAAUGAGAAUUAUGUUCAGAUGUUGUAAGAAGCCAACACGAAAUUGCAAAAAUAGAUUAGGAACAAUGAAAUAGAAAAAGUGUUAAACUAAUAAUUAAUGAAAAAAAAUUAGGAAUUAUUAGAAGUAAAUAAUAAUUACUAGAAAUAAGUGCAGAAUUUGGAAAAGAAGAAAUAAAUCUAGAACUUUUCCGAUUGCAAAAAUAUUACAUUAACCAAGUGUCAUCAAAAGUCCAAUCAAUCAAUAUGUUCUUCGAAUAGAAAUAAAGAAAAAUAAAAUCAAGGGAAUACAGAAGAGUCCACUGUUAAGGAUUCCUCCUUAAGUGAUUUUAGAUCGAAUGACAAUCCCAGAUUUGCUGAAUCUGCUCAACAGUUUUACAAAUCCUAAAAUUUUUGGUCUCCAGCAAAAUAGUCAUCUCCAAAGGCUCAACCUUUGAAUCUUGAAAAAAGAAUUGAGUCUACUUUAGCAUAAAUAAGAGCCAUAAAAAUGCAAAUUCAACAAUUAAAUUAAAAAUGA